AUGUCCUUCCUUCCUGCUCCGGCGAGCCUGCUCCGGCAAGGCCGAGCUGCCGCAUGCCCGCCCCCCUACCUGCUCCUCGUCGCGUGCGCUCCCACCCCCUGCCUUUUCCUCGCCACGCGCCCGUCCCCUGCCUGCUCCUCGUCGCGCGCUCCCGCCCCCAACCUGCUCCUCGCCGCGCGCCUGCCCCCCUCUGCCUGCUCCGGCAAGGCUGAGCACUGCAUGCUCGUCCCCUGCCUGCUCCUCGUCGCGCGCGCUCCCGCGCCCCUGCCUGCUCCUCGCGGCGCGCCCGCCCCCCCUGCCUGCUCCGGCGAGGCCGAGCUGGCGUGUGCCCGCGCCCCAGUCCGCUCUGACAAGGCGGCGGCGGACGCAGCCGUGCCCAACCGCGAGGCGGCGGACGCGGUCGUGGCCAGCCACGAGUCCGGGUGGAGUGGCUCCUCGACGCCAGAUGCUCCCGUCGCGGCCGACCAAUAG